AUGAAGCUUGCUACGACUUCCGUCCUCGGUCUUUUGGCUUCUAUCACCUGUGGCUUAAUUGUACCCCAACGUGCUCGCUCUGAGCUCUCACCGUCCCUGCACCUAUCUCCUGGUCUUUCCCGAAGAGCCAACGAGCCCGCCUCAGACGACGUCUGGAACCGAGCAACGUGCCUAGGCGGAAACUUCGUCAAAGCCUUUCCCAUGAGCGACAAAGACGCAGGCCAAGAAUACUCGCCAAAGCGUGACUCGGCGCAGAGCCAGUGGAAGGGCGACCUCAAGGACGACCUGAAGAACGUUUGCGAAUUCGACGACUUUGCGCUCGGCAAGGGCUGGGCCGACGCGGCGAAAGAGCUGGGGAUUGGGACCGAGGGGUGGAAGGAUAUCUGGUGCUAUCGGUUCACGCACGGGUCUGUGUGGGAUGCUGCGGGGGACAAGAAGUAUAAGGCGGAUAAUAAGGACUAUCCGUAUACCGGGGCAUACGGCCAGUUCGGCAUCAACUCAGCAGACGGAGCCAUCCUCGCCAUGGACAACCUUAUGCCCAGCUCCGCGUUCCGGAUGAACAAACAGCGCGAUCCUCUUCCCAGCGAAUUACCCGCUCUCCAAUCUCUGUCAGAUCUUCUUUACGGUGGCUGGUAUCGGGGAAGUCAGCCAGAAACAUCGAUGAACGCGGAUGUGAAAAACAUGAAGUACUUAAUCUCGGUCUCUAUAACGAACCCGGAAUCUCUGAGCAUCAUUCAACGGGCGCUGAAGGCCAAGGAGAAGACGACAGUGUCUUACUGGCCAGGAGAUACCUUUGACAUGUCAACGAAGGAGGGUGAGGCACUCCUUGGCUCAGCCAACGGCAGGCGGUGGGGAUAUCUCUUAACUCAACGGAAGAACGACAUUGGCAUCAAGUAA